AUGAAGGUCGCACUGAUGGUGGCGGAGAAGCCAUCGCUUGCGGCAUCGCUGGCAAGCAUCUUGAGCAACGGGAAGUGUUCGGUGCGGAAAGGCUCCAACAACGCGUGCUCGGUGCACGAAUGGGUGGGUCAGUUCCGGGGCGAAACCACACGCUUCAAGAUGACGUCCGUGUGUGGGCACAUUAUGGGACUGGAAUUUGUGGGCAAGUACAACUCUUGGGAUCGUGUAGACCCGGCGGAGCUGUUCUCGUGUCCUACUGAGAAGAAAGAAUCCACGCCUUCCCUGCGAAUGCCAUACUUCCUGUCACAGGAGGCUCGCGGGUGCGACUACCUCAUCCUGUGGCUCGAUUGCGACAAGGAGGGCGAGAACAUUUGCUACGAAGUGAUGGCGGCCGUGUCCGAUUCGAUACAUAACGUGCACUCGAACAGGAUUACGUACCGCGCCAAGUUUUCCGCCAUCACCGAAAAGGACAUCAAGUACGCGAUGGACAAUCUAAUUCACCCGAACGAAAACGAGGCCAAGUCCGUCGACGCACGGCAAGAGCUCGAUUUGCGCAUUGGUUGUGCGUUCACCCGGUUUCAAACGAAGUUCUUCCAGGACAAAUACGCAGACCUCGACGCGUCACUUAUAUCGUACGGUCCGUGCCAAACGCCGACGCUAGGAUUUUGCGUCCAGCGCCACGACGAAAUUCAAACAUUCAAACCAGAAACGUUCUGGUUCGUGCAGGUGACAGUGGGCGAAAGUCCGGAAGUGAAGCUCGAAUGGCACCGGGUGCGUGUGUUUGAGAAGGAGGUGGCAUGUAUAUAUCUGAAUAAGGUUAAGGAACAAAAGGAAGCAAUUGUUGAAGCGGUAACCUCCAAGGAACAGACACGUGGACGUCCACAGGCGCUAAAUACUGUCGAACUCAUGCGUGCUGCCAGUGCAGGAUUGGGCAUAGGUCCUCAUACGGCCAUGCAAAUUGCUGAAAAACUCUACAUCCGGGGAUACAUCAGUUACCCUCGAACGGAAACCACACAGUAUCCAACAAACUUUGAUCUGAAUGGAGUUGCACGAAUGUUGCAACCGUCAGCGGAAUUCGGGGAAGAAGCAAAAGCGAUUUCACGCGAUAUGAGUCACCCCCGGAAGGGUAAUGAUGCCGGUGACCAUCCACCGAUCACACCGAUGAAGCUGGCCUCCCGCAAUGAGCUGGAGAGCGAUUGUUGGCGCGUGUACGAUUACAUUUGCCGCCACUUUCUCGGUACCAUUUCGCGCGAUCUGAAGUACCGCACGCACACGACCAAGUUUCGCAUCGGUGGUGAGCUCUUUACGGCCACCACGAACAUGCUUAUUGAUCCCGGUUUCACGAAGGUUAUGACGUGGCAAAGUUUUGGCAAAAACGAGCUCGUGCACCAGUUUGCGGUCAAUGAUAAGGUGAAGAUCAGCGACGUACGGUUGGUCGAAAGCCAGACGGGUCCUCCUGAUUAUCUGACCGAAUCGGAGCUGAUCUCGCUGAUGGAAAAGCAUGGCAUCGGCACAGACGCCUCCAUUCCAGUGCACAUCAACAAUAUAUGCCAACGUAAUUACGUUGCGAUCGGGAGCGGGCGCACAUUAACACCGACGAAUCUGGGCAUCGUGCUUGUGCACGGCUACCAAAAGAUCGAUCCGGAGCUGGUUCUGCCGACGAUGCGUUCCGCCGUGGAGCAACAGCUGAAUCUCAUCGCACACGGUUCCGCCGACUUUCGGUUGGUGUUGAAACACGCGGUCGAAAUAUUCCGUUUAAAGUUCUUGUACUUCGUGCAAAACAUCAGCAACAUGGACAUACUGUUUGAGUCCACCUUUUCCUCGCUCAGCUCGUCCGGUAAGGCACUGUCGCGCUGCGGCAAGUGUCGCCGUUACAUGAAAUACAUUCAAUCGAAACCAGCCCGCUUACAUUGCCCAACGUGCGACGAGACGUACAAUCUGCCAAUAAAGGGUUCGAUUCGGGUGUACCGCGAACUGAAGUGUCCGCUUGACGACUUUGAGCUGGUAGCGUGGACGAAUGGCGCGAUGGGAAAGGCGUACCCGCUCUGCCCGUACUGCUACAAUCAUCCUCCAUUCAGGGAUAUGAUGAAGAACUCCGGGUGCAACAACUGCCCGCACCCGACCUGUGCACAUUCGGUAUCCUUGUUGGGUGUUUCGAGCUGCAUGGAGUGUGAGCGGGGUGUGUUGGUGCUUGAUUGCACGAUGACCCCGAAAACGUGGCGGUUGGUAUGUAACGGCAUGUGCGAUGUCAUCGUCAACUGUUUCGCGGAUGCGGUGAAAGUUACUGUGGAAGCCGAUUCGUGUGAAGAAUGCGGUGCCCAGCAGGUGACGGCCGUGUACAAGCAGGAGAAGUCUCCGUUUAAGGACGAGGUGACGGAGAAGAAGGGUUGCAUUUUUUGUUUUGCUGAUUUUAUGCCUCUGGUUGAAAAGCACAAGGCGGUUGAGAUGCGCCGGAACCAUGCGGGCGGUCGCGGCCGUGGUCGGGGUUUCCGUGGCAGGGGAGGCAAAGGAGGUCGUGGCAGGAGCAAACAACCCAAGGACAAGAUGACGCAGCUGGCAAAUUACUUCGUGUAGUGUCGCUGAAAUCCAAAAUCCAAUCCCACUCGAACUUACUCGGGAGACUCGCGGAUCUAUCGGUACAAUCGGGAGUCAACGAAUUUUUCCUCCUGCCGAAAAUCACCAUCCCGACAAAAACCCGGUUACGUUUGAUUUGUGAAAUCAUACAACUCCCUUAUAGCUUCUAGCCCCAGGCACUGUGGCAUUUUUCAAGCCAACAAACCGUAAUCUUUUUUCACGGAAAAAA